UUGGAGCAGCAGGAGGAAGAACAGGUGAGGAUGCUGGCCCCGUGUCCCUUGACGGAGGAGGUCCUGAGGGAGGGCCUCUCUCUCCUCUGUAAGAUCGGGAACGGCUUGGCCCAUGCCUACGUGAGAUUUGAAGCCAAAUACAAGGACUUGACAGACAUCAGCCUUCUUGAAUGCUUCAUUCACCUGCGGUAUGUGGAUUUGUCAGAGAACAAGCUGCAAGAUUUGUCUCCGCUGAGCAGCCUAACCCACCUGCUUUGGCUGAGGGUGGAUAGGAAUCGGCUUACCAGUGCCCGCAUGCAGGAGCUGCCAUACCUCCAGAUCAUCAGCUUUGCUCACAACCGCAUUGAGGAUAUGGAGGGCAUUACUCACCCCCGCUUAGCCAACCUCAGUCUGAUAGGAAAUAAAAUCCGGACAGCGCAGGGCCUGAGUCACGGCCAGUUGUUCAGCCUGCAAAUCCUGGAGCUGCGAGGAAACGUGCUGGGGAGCACAGCAGGACUCAAUCUUCCUAAGCUCAAGAGCCUCUAUCUGGCCCAGAACGUUAUUCGGAGCCUUGAGGGCCUCGAGGGACUAAGGCAGCUGGCAACUCUGCACCUGCGUGACAACCAGCUUGAGAUCCUGGAUGGAUUCUGCAGUAGCCUGAAGUGCCUGCAGUACCUCAAUCUACGGAAUAACAGGAUCAGUAACCUUCAGGAGGUGGAAAAACUGAAGGUCCUCCCCAUGCUGCAGGCACUGGUGCUGUUGGACAAUCCAUGCUCCGAUGAACCCAAUUAUCGGCUGGAGGUCCUGGUCCUGCUGCCACAUCUACAACGCCUCGACAAGGAAUUAUUUGAGGAAGAUGAGCGGGAAGAGGCGAACCAAAUCCGUCAGAAAAGGCAAGAAGAAGAAAAGAGCCAGUCAAGAUUUGAAGAUGCCUUCCCCAACAUGUGCAGCUGGGAAAGAAG